AUUUUGAAGUAGUUAUUGGUGAAAAAGUUUACAAAUUAAAAAAAGGAACUUAUAUAAUAUCAAAUAUUUAUGUGGUUUAUCAUGAAAAAGAUUCUUUGUUAAAAUUCGAUCCUUCUAGAAUUUUAAAUAAGAAUAAUAAUUUAUGUUUCAUACCUUUUGGUAAUGGUGGGCGUAGCUGUCCAGAGAAAUUAAUUGGUUUAUCUAUAGUGAAAAUUUUUAUGGCUAAUUUUUUGAUUAAUAAUUUAGAAUACGAGAUUUUAACAAAAGAUAAAGAAAAACCAAAUUUUGGAUUAUGA